UUUCUUUCUGCCUUCGUUUCCCUCCGGCCAGUCUGCGGCAGUGCGAAUUUCCGUUUCCGGCGGUGUCCAUGCGUGCUUGAGGAGCAGCGGUUGUGAAGCGGGUUAUAGUUAUUUGUGAAUUGGUAAAAAGCUACUAUGGAGACUAAGGACCAAAAGAAACACAGAAAGAAAAACAGUGGGCCGAAAGCUGAGAAGAAAAGGAAACGGCAUCUGCAGGAUCUCCAACUUGGAGAUGAAGAUGAUGCUCGUAAGAGAAACCCCAAAGCUUUUGCAGUUCAGUCUGCUGUGCGGAUGGCUCGAUCCUUUCACAGGACUCAGGAUCUGAAGACAAAAAAGCAUCAUAUUCCAGUGGUUGAUCGUACUCCACUUGAGCCCCCACCAAUAGUGGUAGUGGUCAUGGGGCCUCCAAAAGUUGGGAAGAGCACCUUGAUACAGUGCCUCAUUCGGAACUUUACUAGGCAAAAGUUGACUGAGAUCAGAGGCCCUGUGACGAUUGUGUCAGGUAAAAAGCGCAGACUCACCAUUAUUGAAUGUGGGUGUGACAUUAACAUGAUGAUUGAUCUGGCUAAAGUAGCAGAUCUGGUGCUGAUGCUUAUAGAUGCCAGCUUUGGGUUUGAAAUGGAAACAUUUGAGUUUCUAAACAUCUGUCAAGUUCAUGGCUUUCCUAAAAUUAUGGGAGUUCUCACCCACCUAGACUCCUUCAAGCAUAAUAAACAACUGAAGAAGACAAAGAAGCGAUUAAAACACAGGUUCUGGACAGAAGUCUACCCGGGUGCCAAGUUAUUCUACCUUUCUGGAAUGGUACAUGGAGAAUAUCAAAACCAAGAAAUCCACAAUCUGGGCCGUUUUAUUACAGUUAUGAAGUUUAGGCCUCUCACAUGGCAAACUUCUCACCCUUAUAUCCUGGCAGACAGAAUGGAAGAUUUGACAAACCCAGAGGAUAUCCGAACAAACAUCAAAUGUGACCGCAAGGUGUCUCUUUAUGGUUAUUUAAGAGGAGCACACUUGAAAAAUAAAAGCCAAAUUCAUAUGCCAGGUGUAGGAGAUUUUGCUGUGAGUGAUGUCAGUUUCCUCCCAGAUCCAUGUGCUCUUCCUGAACAACAAAAGAAGCGCUGUUUAAAUGAGAAAGAGAAGCUAGUUUAUGCACCUCUCUCUGGAGUUGGUGGUGUGCUGUAUGACAAAGAUGCUGUCUAUGUUGACCUUGGUGGCAGCCAUGGUUUUCAGGCAUCGGACGAGGCAGGGCCCACUCGUGAGCUGGUCCAGAGUCUCAUCUCCACCCACUCCACCAUUGAUGCCAAGAUGGCUUCAAGUAGAGUGACACUUUUUUCUGAUUCCAAACCACUGGCAUCAGAGGAUAUAGAUAACCAAGGGCUGUGGAUGCCAAAAGAGGAAAAGCACAUGGAUUUGAAAACUGGUCGAGUGCGUCGGAAAGCCAUUUUUGGAGAUGAAGAUGAUGAGUCUGGAGAUAGUGGUGAUGAAGAUGAUGAUGAAAUAUCUGAAGGUGACAGGUUGGAAAAUGACUCUAGUGAUGACAAAACAGAAGAGGAGGAAGAUGCUGAAAUGACUAAUAAGUAUAAGUACGUGACAGUUAAGGGCAUCAAGCGGCAGAAACUUGAAGAGCUGGAAGAAGACAGUGAGGUGGACUUGCCUGCAUUUGCAGAUAGCGACGAUGACCUUGAGAGAAGCUCUGGGGAAGAAGGGGAAGUGGAGGAAGCUGAAGAAAGCAGUGAAGAAGAGGAUGCCACUGCAGAAGGAAAGCAGGGCAUUUUGGAGUCGAAGGCUGAAGAAAGUGGUGAAACAGGACUCUGGCCUGCUAGUCACUGCGGUGACCAUGUGAAUCUGGAGAAGUCUUUGCUGUUAGAAAAAGCAGCUCUCCCCACUUCUGAUUCCGGUCACUCUACAGCUGAAGAGGCAUUUGCAUCUGAAAAUGAAUCUGAAGGAAGUUCCUCACUCAGUUCAGAGGAAGAGGACUCAGAAAAUGAAGAUGUUUUUAGGAAAAAGUAUCCAAAACCUUCUCAGGUGGGCAGUGGUCAGAACCUGGAGUCAGAGAACUUAAUUGAUGAGACCAGUGAUAUAGAAGAUUUACUCAAAGAGGAAGAGGAUUACAAGGAAGAAAAUAACUAUUCCACAGAAACUUUAGGUGACCUCAAGUGGAAGGAAGAACUUUCCAGAAAGGCAGCUGAGGCCUUUCUGAGGCAACAACAGGCAACUCCAAACCUCCUAAAGCUCAUUUAUGGGACAGUGACAGAGGAUAAUGAAGAGGAGGGUGAUACCCAAGAAGAGCUUGGAGGGUUGUUUCAUGUCAGCCAGCCUGAUGGAGGGUGUAAGCACAAGGCCGACUCUUUGGACUGCUCUAGGUUUUUUGUGGAGGCACCCCAUGAUUGGGAUUUAGAGGAGGUUAUGAACAGUAUCAAAGAUUGCUUCGUGACUGGGAAGUGGGAAGAUGAUAAAGAUGCAGCCAAGAUCUUAGCAGAAGAUGAGGAGCUCUACGGCGAUUUUGAAGACCUGGAGACAGGAGAUGUGCACAAGAAAAAAUCAGGCCUAGAUACCAAGAUUGAAGAUGUAGAGAAAGACAUUAAGGAAGAAAUUGACUGCGACGCAGAGGAAAAUGCCAAGAAAAAGCAUUUAGAUAAGAAGAGAAAACUGAAGGAGAUGUUUGAUGCAGAAUAUGAUGAAGGAGAAAGCACAUAUUUUGAUGAUCUUAAAGGAGAAAUGCAGAAACAAGCACAGCUUAAUCGGGCAGAAUUUGAAGAUCAAGAUGAUGAAGCCAGAGUUCAAUAUGAGGGUUUUCGACCUGGGAUGUAUGUCCGAAUUGAGAUUAAGAAUGUACCCUGUGAAUUUGUGCUGAAUUUUGACCCCCAUUACCCAGUCAUUCUGGGUGGUCUGGGCAACAGCGAAGGCAGUGUCGGAUAUGUGCAGAUGCGUCUGAAGAAACAUCGCUGGUAUAAGAAAAUUCUCAAGUCCCGAGAUCCAAUAAUUUUCUCUGUAGGAUGGAGAAGGUUUCAGACCAUACCUCUUUAUUAUAUUGAAGACCACAAUGGAAGACAAAGGCUUCUAAAAUAUACCCCACAGCACAUGCAUUGUGGAGCAACCUUUUGGGGUCCUGUCACUCCGCAGGGAACUGGGUUCUUGGCGAUACAGUCUGUCAGUGACAUGAUGCCUGAUUUCCGGAUAGCUGCCACAGGAGUUGUCCUUGAUCUGGAUAAGUCCAUAAAAAUUGUGAAGAAAUUAAAGCUAACUGGUUUUCCAUAUAAAAUUUUCAAGAACACUUCAUUUAUUAAGGGAAUGUUUAAUUCUACCUUGGAAGUGGCCAAAUUUGAAGGUGCUGUGAUUCGAACUGUCAGUGGAAUAAGGGGACAGAUCAAGAAAGCACUCCGGGCUCCAGAAGGAGCUUUCCGGGCCACCUUCGAGGAUAAGUUGCUGAUGAGUGAUAUUGUCUUCAUGCGAACGUGGUAUCCUGUCUCCAUGCCAGCCUUCUAUAACCCUGUAACAUCUUUGUUGAAACCAGUGGGUGAGAAAGACACCUGGUCAGGGAUGCGAACAACAGGUCAACUUAGGCUUGCCCACGGCAUCAGACUAAAGCCCAACAAGGAUUCUCUGUAUAAGCCAGUUCUGAGGCAAAAGAAACAUUUUAAUUCAUUGCACAUUCCAAAAGCUUUGCAGAAGGCAUUGCCAUUUAAGAACAAGCCCAAGACCCAAGCAAAGGCAGGCAAAGUGCCGAAGGACAGGAGGAGACCGGCCGUCAUACGUGAACCUCACGAAAGGAAGAUCCUUGCACUGCUGGAUGCUCUGAGUACAGUGCACAGCCAGAAGAUGAAGAAGACCAAACAGCAGCGGCACCUGCACAAUAAAGAGCACUUCCAAGUAAAGCAGAAGGAGGAGGAGGAGAAGCUGAAGCGACAGAAGGACCUCAGGAAGAAGCUCUUCCGAAUUCAGGGUCAGAAGGAAAGAAGAAAUCAGCAGUCCAGUCUGAAGGGGGCUGAGGAACAAUUGAAGUGAGCCUUCGGAAGGGAGGGGCUGUCCUCUGGAUCUGCAGAGACAGAUGGUUUCAAAUAUCACCAUGCUUGUAAAUAGCAAGUCAGGGGGCCAGAGCCCCAGAGAGACAUCUUUGUGGGAUACAUCACCCCGACUGUGCCUUUGAGAGGAAGAGUGGAGGAGGGAGGAGACAGCACUGGUAGGACACAUGUUCAUUCUCAGCUAUGGUUAUAUGAAUUCUCUUACUUUCCUCUACCUAUCUCAGUUUAAUUAUUUUGUGCUACAAAGAUAUCAUUAAAAUCUUUUUCUGUUAA